UUUCACGCUUUGCCCCCAACUUCAAUCGCCCGCCAACAGCCCAACUUGGUCCCAGGCUACCGCAAACUUCGCGAGGUGAUUCUACUCGAUCGUUCCUACAAAUUGACCUGCGAUUCGACCUAUUUAACGCCCUACCCGUUGAGCAUACCCGUUGUCAUUUUGGCGUUUUUCUGAGAAUCUCGAUUUUGCCAUGCCAGGCGCAACAGCAGUGACCGCGCCAGAUGCCGAUUCCUUCUCCGACCGGCGACUUUCAGACAGACUCCAACCACCAACAUCAGGACUUGUUUGAUCAGAGAUCCCCGUCGCCCAUACGCAUUCAAGAAAGCCCUCUGAGAUCCUCCGUCGAACCCCAUGACAGCCACGGCAACAGCGAUGGCCCACCCGCGAAGAGGCGGAAAGUUGCAGGCGCUGACCACAGACCGUCUCCUCGACUCAUCUCUCCUCCGUGGAAACGAGUCCUCGCAGAAGGUCCGACGUCCUUCAUUCAAGAUGGUCGUCGAAAGUCCGGGAGAACGAACGUAGUGCCCCUCGACCUGCAGCCGCAGUCAAACAGGAGGCAGACACGCGCUGCCUUUGAUAAGGUCAAGGAAGAGCGUCAGAAACAUGGGAAACCCAUUUAUAAUACAUCUGCUCGCAAGUCCAAGGUGGAAUCGCAUGUUUCGCCGUCCACGGCCCUUAGGCGUGGUUCCAAUCCCCCUUCCAAGGGUCGCGAUGCAUCUCAGGCACAACAUCCUGCCAAGGCUGAAUCCUCACAAAGGUAUCUCAGAGAUUUGAACAACAGCUCAAGGUAUCAGGCCAAGUCUCCUCGCCGUCCUACCAGUUCGGGCCAUCACCCACAUAUCGCUUCGUCACAGACCAACGGUGUACAUGGCAAAAAAUCACAGGCAAAUGGGAUCGUGAAGGUUGAGCAAGAAACCGAUGACGACGAUCUCGAUACCUCUAGCGCACUGUCCUCCAGAAGCCUAUCUCCUCCAGUGACUCUACGCAAAGUCACCUUCAGAGUUCGACUGCCCCCGCCCUCCGUUGCGAGUCCCGCCAAUGUGCCUUUGCCAAAGAAGUACGCAUCCUUCGGCGAGUUUCUCGAAAAAGACGAGACGGAACCAAGGACAGGAGAGGAAACAUUGACACCUGAUCAAGUAAUGAAAGAAGCCUUGAUCCGGCGGAGGGUGAGGGACGCUCAAAAAAGAGGCGGAUCGCUUGACAAGAAGCUCGUGGAUACGCUGCCCGAAAAGCAAGACGAACCAAAGAGACAAUUUGCGCAUCGUGAUCACCUCUUGGCUCAUGUCAGCCACUUCAGGACACUCCUAAGAGCAGAACACAGGGACCACAGGAAAAGGGCCGAGACACUAGCCUAUGAGGCAAAACGAUACGUUGAAGAGAAGCAGAGGCGCAACAAGGUGAAGACUGCGGAAGAAAUUGAGCAAGAGAAACGAGAGGCUAGUGUGGCCAAAUAUCGGAUGGUGGUCAAAGAUAUCGACAAACUUUGGAACGCGGUCAAAUUUGAAGUUAUCGCCAUCCGACAAAAGGAAUACGAAGAGCAGCAACAGGCAAAGAUGAAAGGUCACCUAGCGCGCGUACUAGACAGAACGGAUCAGAUGCUCAGUCGACUUACGGAACAAGACGAUUCUAUCAUAGACAGUGAAACUGAGGUUUCAUCAAAUGAGACCACCGAGUCAGAGUCGGAAAAUAGCGAGCAGAUGUCGGAGAGCGAGACAGAAUCAGAGUCAGAAGCAGAUGACAAGGACCUCGACGCCGAGAUGUCAGUCGAGGAAUUGAAAAAGAAGUAUGGCAACCUGCCAGAGCUACCAGUCGACGAUAAGGGGGGCUUCGCCGAAGGUCAGGAGGAAGAUGAGGAAGGUGCAGAUCAACUCAAUGAAGAUUCAGAUCCUGAGACCGAAAUGGACUCUGAGUUUGACACGGAGGGAACUAGUGAUGACGACGAGGAUGAGGAUGAAGAAAGCGAAGAGGAUGACACGCGUGGUGGACUUCUUUCAAUGCUAUUCUCCAAGAAGCAGAUUGCGGACAUGACGCUUGAAGCUGAUGAACCGAAUGCAGGCAAAGAAGACAAAUCCGAAAGUCGCGAUACUCCCCUUGUGGAAGUCCUUGAAGAACCACAGAUGCCAGACAGAGAAGCGCCUGAAGAGCCUCCUAGCCCUUCGCAAAACGCUACUGAGGAACUGAAGGCUGAUGCCGUUGAGGAAUCAAACGUACGGAUUGAAACACUAACGGCUCGGGAAACUGAAGACGUCAGCAUGCCAGACGCAACGCCAUCCAUCCACCCUCAAGUUACCCGGCUUGCUUCUGAAGACCCUGGAAGUCAGGAACCCAGCACCUACACGUCUCCUCAUACCACUGCAACGAAAGUGUCAGAACCCGAGUCGGUAUCUUCUAUCGAUGCUCAUCUGGACUCUGCGCCUCCCGUUACACCUUCGGAAACAAAGCCCGCCAUCAAGACGCCCGUUCCGUCCUUGCUGAGAGGUACGCUUCGUGAGUACCAGCACGAAGGUCUGGAUUGGCUUGCGGAUCUGUAUGCCCAUGGGAGAAGUGGAAUUCUAGCCGAUGAGAUGGGUCUCGGCAAGACUAUUCAAAGCAUUGCACUGUUAGCUCACCUUGCCGAGGUUUACGAAGUUUGGGGCCCCCAUCUUAUCGUCGUACCUACCAGUGUCAUGCUGAACUGGGAAAUGGAGUUCAAAAAGUUCUUGCCGGGAUUCAAGGUUCUGACGUAUUACGGCAACCUCGAGGAACGGAAGCAAAAGAGGAGAGGAUGGAUGGCGGAUGACAGCUUUAAUGUCUGCAUCACAUCGUACCAGUUGGUCUUGCAAGAUGCAAACUCUUUCAAGAGACGAAGGUGGCAUUACAUGAUUCUGGAUGAAGCUCACAACAUCAAAAAUUUUCGUUCAGAACGAUGGCAGACCAUGAUGACGUUCAACACUCGAGCCCGACUCCUUUUGACCGGAACACCUCUUCAGAACAAUUUGACCGAACUUUGGUCCCUUCUUUUCUUCCUCCACUAUGGUCAAGAGAAUGAGGGCGAGGACGACGCAUUCGCUGGCCUGAAAGAAUGGUCGGAAUGGUUCAAGAGGCCCGUGGAGUCGAUUCUGGAGCAUGGUCGCCAGGUUCUGGAUGAGGAGGAUCGAGAACAGGUUGCGAAACUUCACAAAGUCAUCCGACCCUUCCUCCUUCGUCGACUGAAAGCGGACGUGGAGAAACAGAUGCCCGCCAAAUAUGAACACGUUGAGAUGUGUCGUUUAUCCAAACGUCAGCGGCAAUUGUAUGAUGGCUUCAUGUCCAGAGCGCAGACAAAAGAAACGCUGGCUUCGGGCAACUAUUUGUCAAUCAUUAACGCCCUGAUGCAGCUGCGCAAAGUUUGCAAUCACCCCGACCUUUUUGAGACACGACCGAUCAAUACAUCGUUUGCCAUGCACAAAUCCGCAGCUGCUGACUUUGAGAUCAAGGACCUUUUGGUUCGUCGGAGACUAAUGCUGGACGCCUCGAACGAUCUAGACCUCGACUUCUUACGGCUGGCGCCUAUUUCGGAAGAGCGGAUGUCCAUGAUUGAGGUAAUCGAGACUACUAAACGACAUGCCUACAACAAAUUCAAGGCCUUGAGAGAGGCUCAGUCCCGAAGGGUCUUGUCGUCUUCCCACAAUAGUAUCCAUCCCGAUAAUGCCAGCUUGUGGCGCGCCGAGACUCGGCUCGGUGUGCUCGGAUCCCUUGAGAAUGUUGGUCGGAGAACCCGGCUUCAGGAGUUGGACCGUACAAUGUAUUACGAAGCAUACAAGCACCAUCAGCAUCCAGUUUACGGACGUGGACUGAUUGAACUGUUGACCAUAAAUACGACUCAUGAGAGACUGUCCAGGCUAUCGCCACACAGAGUUUUGAGCCAAUUCUGGGAUAAAAGCCAGCCGAUGCAGUCUUUUGAUCUUGUUCAUUCUGUGCAGUCGAGGUCUGAACAGAUGCAACCAUUCAUCGACAAGUAUGCAUGUGUCACUCCCGCCGUGGUGGCCACAGAUCUCUAUACCAGGACUGUAACAGACGCCGGGGCCCAAGCGAUACGAGAAGCAGCAGAAACAACCUUGAAGGGAGACGAAGAGGACCCAUUCCACCUCGCGCGCAUGAAACUUUCCAUCGCGUUCCCCGACAAACGCCUCCUCCAAUAUGACUGUGGCAAAUUGCAGAGAUUGGACAAACUACUUCGCCAGCUCCAAGCCGGGGGCCACCGCGCAUUGAUCUUCACGCAGAUGACCAAAGUUCUCGAUAUCCUUGAACAAUUCCUCAACAUUCACGGCCAUCGAUACUUGCGACUCGACGGCGCCACAAAGAUUGAGCAGCGACAGAUACUCACCGAGAGAUUCAACAACGACACGCGUAUCCUGUGUUUUAUUCUUUCUUCCCGUUCUGGUGGACUCGGCAUCAACUUAACCGGAGCAGAUACCGUGAUCUUCUAUGAUCUCGAUUGGAAUCCCGCCAUGGACAAGCAAUGCACCGACCGGGCGCACCGCAUUGGCCAAACGCGAGACGUCCAUAUUUACCGCUUCGUCUCCGAGCAUACCAUUGAGUCGAACAUUCUCAGAAAAGCCAACCAAAAGCAGAUGCUCGAUGAUGUGGUCAUCCAGGAGGGUGAUUUUACUACGGACUACAUGAACAGGAUGACUUAUCGAGAUAUGCUUGAUGAGGAUGCCGAGGAGGAUGAGGCCGGGAAGGCGAUGGAUCGUGUCUUGGGCAACGAAAAAACUAGUAUUGGGGUGCUGGAACAAGCCGAAGACCAAGAGGAUCGUACGGCAGCCAAAGUGGCGGCGAGAGAAUUGCAGCAUGCAGAUGAGGGUGAUUUUGAGGACGGGAGAGCCAGUGCCACGCCGAGAACUCAGACGGGUGAUGCCAGAAGUACACCUGCAUUUGGUGGUGUGCCGAAUGGGCCCUUCGGAGCGACCGACACGGCCAUCAUCGAGUCGCAAGAAGAUGAAGAGAGGAUCCAUCACAUUGAUGAGUACUUCAUUCAAUUGCAAAGGUACCUGAUGAGGGACAUUCCGCUUGGACCAGGUAAAGAUUCAAAGAAAGGAAAGAAGGGGAGGAGAGGACGCGACGAACACCGCGUUCGGAGAGUGCGAUGAUUUAACGUCGAGUCGAUUGAGAGGCGAUGCCGGCUACGAGAAAGGCGAACGGCAGCGUUCGAAGAUCGUCCUAUGGAUGGGCAGAUUGGUUGCCCUCAACAUGUAAGAACAGUUUCAGAUGACCAAAUUCUUGAGCUUAUCGGGAGUCCACAAGACCAGAGCGAUGGCUGGGUGCUUGUGUGUAUAGGCCCUCAUUUGAGAGGUCGAGGCUUGAGAAGAACGAAUGUAACAAAAAUAAAUGAUUAACUCCC